AUGACCUCCAAAGAUCAGUGGAUUGUUACCGAAGGAGCACCACGGCUAGCUGCACGUGUGUAUGAGCCAACCAAAGGAAAUGUUCCAUAUCCUGUGGUGAUAUUUGCGACUGGUCUGGGAACAGUGAAAGAAAACAGAACCUCCUCAUUCGUGAAACCAUUCGCGCACGCAGGCUACGCAUCUGUAACUUUUGACUACGCAACUUGGGGAGAAAGCGAUGGCGAACCGCGACAUACAAUUCGACCAAAUGACCAGUAUCGCGACAUGUGCAACGUUGUUGCUUGGGUUCGUCAGCAAAUGCAAUUCGAUUCAGCUCGGAUCGUUGUAUGGGGAUCAAGUUUUGGAGGUCUUCACGUAACGCGUUUACUCGCAGAGGAUUAUGAAAUUGCUGCUGGGAUAUCACAAUGUCCUUGCGUAGACGCCGCAUUAGCAUCAAGAAUGAAACCAUUCACAACCACAUUACGAAUUGGAUUUUGGGCCGUCCUAGAUCUUUUGGGCUCUGUGCUUGGAUUUGAUCCGAUCUACCUUGCCUGUGCAAAAAUGAAGGAUGACAACUAUCAAGGUCCAGCUCUUAUGGAGGCACCCGAUGUUGCUGAAGGCUAUGCUCUGGUAGUCAAUAAUUCGAGCAGUCCAUUCAAGAACCGACUGACCGCCCGAUCCAUUCUCUCGUUUCCAGCUGCUAGACCAGCGUUGUUGGCUGACAAGAUUACUGCGCCAUAUCUAAUAGUCGUUCCAGAAUAUGACACAGUUGCACCUCUAAAGGCUGCGCAGGAAGUUGCCGAGAAGGCGAAGAACGGGGAACUAAUCACUGUUCCAGGUGGCCACUUCGACUUGUAUGAUGGCAAGAUUGGAUUUGAAAAGAAUAUCCAGGCCCAACUGCAGUUCCUCCAAAGUAAAGUGCCGGCAAGAAUCUCUCCAAACAUCUUCAUGUGCCAAUAG